AUGGACUGUAAUUUAGAAACUGAUACUAGUGCACAAGAAAAACUAUGUAACCCAGUAAAUGGGGAAAGCGAAAUUCAAGAUGAAAAUUUCGAUACUUUUCUGGGUUCAAAUUUAACAACUAAGCAUGAAUCAUCUACUCUAAAUUCUUCGGAUAAAACAGAUUCUUAUUCUCCAAAGUCACCAGUAAGAUCAAGAAGCUCAAGUAGAGAAUCGGAAAAAUCUAAUAAAAGUUUGAGCAAUACUUCCGAUACAUCCGAAAAGAAAAGUAGAAAGUCUGAAAAUGAAACUCUCAAUUUUGUUGAAGCAGAUGCAGAGUUAACAAAAAUUAAUUCAUCAGAAAAUAAUGUAGAUUGCAAUGAAAAACAAAACUCAACUGAUCAAGAUGUAACCACUUGUUAUGAAAAUAAUUGUGAUGACAGCAAUGUGAAUUUACACAACGGCAAUGUGGAACAAGAUAAUAGAAGGUCCAGGAGUGGUUCAAAUACUUCAAGAAAAUCUAAUAGUAAAUCACCCGAUUUAAGAAAAUCUAGGAGUAAUUCUGUUACAUCUGUAAAAAGCGAAUCAGCAAAAUCUAGAAGAUCAAGAAGUGGUUCAGCUGCAUCAAAACAUUCAAGAAACGGUUCACCUGCAUCUAGAAGAUCAAGAAGUGGCUCUGCUGCAUCAAGACGUUCUAGAAGUGGUUCAGCUGCAUCUAGGCGAUCAAGAAGUGGCUCAGUUGUAUCAAAACACUCAAGAAAUGGUUCACCUGCAUCUAGGCGGUCAAGAAGUGGAUCUGCUGCUUCAAAACGUUCACGAAGUGGUUCUGCCGCAUCAAAGCGUUCACGAAGUGGAUCUGCCGCAUCAAAACGAUCACGAAGUGGUUCUGCUGCGUCCAGACGUUCCCGAAGUGGUUCUGCUGCGUCCAGACGUUCCCGAAGUGGUUCUGCUGCGUCUAGACGUUCUAGAAGUGGUUCCGCUGCAUCCAGACGUUCUAGAAGUGGGUCUGCUGGAUCGAAACGUUCCCGAAGUGGUUCUGCUGCAUCGAAACGUUCACGAAGUGGUUCUGCUGCAUCGAAACGUUCACGAAGUGGUUCUGCUGCAUCGAAACGUUCACGAAGUGGAUCCGCUACAUCGAAACGUUCACGAAGUGGAUCUGCCGCAUCAAAACGUUCACGAAGUGGAUCUGCCGCAUCAAAACGAUCACGAAGUGGUUCAGCUGUGUCCAGACGUUCAAGAAGUGGUUCUGCUGCAUCGAAACGUUCACGAAGUGGGUCUGCUGCAUCCAGACGUUCCCGAAGUGGUUCUAAAGGAUCAAAUAGAUCACGAAGCAAUUCAAAAGAAUCCGAUCGCUCUAGAAGUGGUUCUCGAAAGUCGCGUUCUAGGUCUACUUCUCCGUCUGGCUCUGAAAAAAUAUCACGGAAACGUAAACAAUUAUUAUCGGAUUCUGAGGAAGAAGAAGUUGUUAAAAAAAAAAAACCUUUGUCUGACAAUGAAGAAGAUGAUGUAGAAAAAGAAAAUGUCGAAGAUGAACAGGCAAAGACGGAAACUAAUGAGGAAAAUACGAAUGAAAAUAAUGAAGCUAUACUUCCGACAAUUUUGGACAUGCUUUCCGAUUUUGAUUUAAUGCUUCAAAAAAAGAAAGAAGAGCAAACUAAGAGAAAAAGACGGAAAGAUAUUGAUAUUAUUAAUGACAAUGACGAUAUAAUUGCUCAGUUGAUAGGAGAUAUGAAAGGAGCAGCAGAAGAGGAUAGAAAGUUAAAUCAAGAAAUGCAACCGGCAACAAAUAAAAUAGCCAUGCUACCAACCGUAAUGUCCCAAUUAAAGAAACAUGAUUUGCAAUUAGCUUUCAUCGAACAUAAUGUCUUAUCAGUUUUAACCGAUUGGUUAGCUCCUAUGCCAGACAGGAGUUUACCUUCUCUUAGAAUUCGUGAAAACAUAUUGAAAUUGUUAAGUGAAUUUCCUAGGGUGGAUCAGUCAACAUUGAAACACUCCGGCAUCGGGAAAGCCAUUAUGUAUUUAUAUAAACAUCCGAAAGAAACAAAGGAAAAUAAGGAGAGAGCCGGGAAAUUAAUUAACGAAUGGGCAAGACCCAUAUUUAAUUUGUCGACGGAUUUUAAAGCAAUGUCUAGGGAAGAAAGACUGCAAAGAGAUUUGGAACAAAAUCCAAAAAGACUUAGAUCUUCGAACGAUACCUCUUACAGUGAAGACAAAGAUAUUAGCAAAGCUUUUAAGGACGAUGGUAAACCUUUAAGACCUGGAGAUAAGGGUUGGGUUGCCAGAGCCAGAGUUCCGUUACCUUCGACAAAAGAUUACGUAAAUCGACCCAAAUGGAAAGUCGAUACCGAUAUUAGCAGAUCGACGAAAAAACAAAUGAAUCGAUUUGAAAGGCACAUGAAAAAUUAUAUAGAUAAUAAAAGACUCAAACAAUCUAGAAGAGCAGUUGAAAUAUCAAUAGAAGGAAGAAAAAUGGCUUUGUAA